AUGGGCGUCACCCUCAACCCCAACAAGACGGCUAUGAGUUUCAAACGAGUCUCUGUUGCCAUGCGAAAAGCUGGUGAUAACGUCUGGACCUUGUCGGAUAUUGCUCGAGUCGCGGGCGUUGAACACCCAGUCACUAAGGCCCUCGGCCCUCUGCCGCUACAGCAAUUUGCUAAAGGGCAUGAUAUGCUCUGGUAUAUGGCUAAUGUGUCUAAAACCACGACGCUUUGCUUGGAGUUUGAGGUGAUGGACGAUGCGCGCAACACCUUUUCUCUGGCUUGGCGCACCCGGGAGAAAUUAGAGCAUAUAAACGUCUUUACCAUGCUGAAGAACGCUACAGUCUAUCACUACACGGCCACGAGCGAUGCUGCCAUUACCUGUGGUGAGAUUGUCUUCUAG